CUGUUAAAAAAACCCCACCCGUUUCUUCCACUUUGAAAGAAAAUCCACCCCUCUCCUAUUUGAUUAUUCCCGUCAACGAAGACGCUGCCGGCAGCGGGAGAGCAUCCUGAACCAGCAGGAGCAUCCGGUAAUCCUUCUCCCUCCGACGACAGCGAGAGCAUCCCGGAAGCCUUCUCCCUCCGGCAGCAGCGGGAGCAUCCCGGAAACCUUCUUCCUCGGGCGCAACAGAGACAAACCCUCUCUUCUUCCUUCUCCUUUUGUCUUAUUCGUAUAAAUUAGGUUUAAAUAAGGGGGUUUGGAAUGGAGCCUUAACUAAGAGGCAAAUGUGAUAAGUGUAAAUUUCCUCUUGCUUGUCGAUGGAACUUCAGUCUCCCAGGAUUGCGGCCGUUCUGGACGAGGACCACUACAACAAUGCAACGCCGGUCGAGUCCCCAGCAGCAAGGCAGCGCCGACGCAACGUCGACAGAGUUGGUGGACGCCGGACGGGUUGGUUGGAACCGAUGAUGAUUGACUGGUCGCUCUUGGUAGAAGGGAGAAGUAAAGAAGGCAGUGGGAAUGGAAGGAAAAGAAGGCCUCCGAGUCCCCUGAGUUUCGUCAGUGGCGAGAAUGACGACGAAGGUUAAAUCUCCUUUUGGUGAGUUUUUUUUAGUUGUGGAUUGUGUUUCGGUUUAAUAGUGGAUAAAUUUGACUUUUUGUU